AAAUAUGAAUGCUUAUGUCCAAUAAAAAGCUGUCAAGCAAACAUUUGGUUGCUAAGGAGUAUGCAAUCUAAUGGUAUUUCCCGUAUGGGAAACUCCCACACUGCUGAUUCUUUUAAGUUCAUGCUUCACCUUCUGCCACUUGUGAGUGUAUGAAUCACUCCUUAGAUAAAGGGCAGGCCUCAGGAGAACACAUUCCUAGUACACUAGUCUUAAAACGUGAGACUGCAGCUGCUGCACAGAGCUAAAGGCAAGGCGACCACCAUGUCCAGUGGAGUCGAUUACUUCGACGCUCAGCUGAUGAACGUUACCCAGUCUAACUAUUCCAAUGUGACUGAAGGAUGUGAGAGGCAGAGUGCGGACUUCCAGUACCUGUUAUUGCCAGUUGUGUACAGCCUGGUCUUUGUGCUCGCAAUGGCUGGGAAUUUGACUGCCCUGGUCCAUUUCCUGCAUACCAGAUCAGUCACCCAUCCAUCACACAUCUUUUUGGUCAACCUGUGCGUUAUUGAUCUCCUCUUCGCCCUCACUCUGCCUUUUAAUGUGGUCUACCACGCCCGCCGCAAUGACUGGCCCUUUGGAGAGACCAUGUGCAAGAUUAACGGUUCACUGUUUUUUGGAAACCUGUAUGGCAGCUCGCUGUUUCUCAUGCUCAUUUCACUGGACCGCUAUCUGGCGGUGGCACAUCCACUUCGGGCUCUUCGAAUGCGCAGUCCCAAAUACCGCAUUAUGCUCUCCUGCUUGGUGUGGGCGGUCCUGGCCUCAGCAAUUCUGUACCUCACUCUGCGGGGCCCACUGACCCGACCAUUUCCAGGCACAGGCCACAUUGCCUGCAUGGAGAACUUCUCCUCUAAGUCUUGGCGUGGGCGGAUCUCCUCGGUCAGCCUCCUGGCAGCUGCAAUUGGCUUUUUCCUGCCCCUACUGGUCAUUGCCAUCUGCUACCCACUCAUCGCCUGCAAGCUGCUGGCAAAUGUCCAGGUCAAGGAGCAGGGCACCUCCAGAAGCACAAUGUCCUCAGCUCUCUCUGCCCAUCAUGUAACUGGAAGGGUGCAAAAGAAGGCUCUGCGAAUGGUUCUGUUGGUCCUGGGGGUCUUCCUGGUCUGCUUUGCCCCCUAUCACAUCAACCAGCUGGUGCACACUUUGCAUAGGAUGGCAGUGCUCUCGGGCUGCUCUGCGAUUCGUUUUACCUACCCUGCCCGCAGAGUGGCCAUGGCCUUGUGCAGCCUAAACUCCUGCCUGGACCCCGUGGUGUACUGCCUUGCCUCAGAGAACUUCCACUGGGAUAGGAGGUACUGGUGCUGUGGUGCGCUGUGGAGGCCAAUGGGAUGGCGCAAUAAGAUGAAUCAGAACUUAAAUCACCUAACCACAAUUGCAAAUCGAGAACAAAAUGCUUAAAAAUGGUCAUUUUGCACUUGAUAUUACUCAGCCUUUUGACUGUAGAAAGGGUGAAGGGAUUCCGUACCCAAAUGUGAUAUACACUCAUAAUAAUCGUUGUUUAUUUGAAAAAGUUAAUUAACUUCCCUUUUGUUGCAUCAUCCGGUUACAUAUCACCCUUCUGGAGUUUGGUGCCUGACACCAGCUACUCAAAAGAGCUGUAAAGAGGGACACAAUAUCCACUUAUCUGAAGAUACCCACAAUCUGUUCAAUGUGGCAUCAAAGCUGACCAAAGCUUUGCAUGUGGUUCUUGCUGUUCAUGUCAGGUGGAUACAGAUUCUCAGCACACAUGAAACUCAUGAUGUUCAAUCUUCUCUUCCUGCAUCUCUUCCUAGGAACAGAUUCCCUUGCCCUGUAAACAGCAAGGCAUAAGCAGAAAUGUUGUGGACUUGGCCGGAACUCACCUUGACAACAAGGAAAAUUAAGCACCUUUUUGUAAUAUACAGUUUACAUGUACAUAUAUAAUUAAUAGGAUGACCAAUAUUUUUAAAAUGUUAUUUCAGGGCCAUUGGCUAUUUGAAUUGCAGUAUCUUGCAUCCCUAAUAUGAAAUGGAAUAAUUUUUAAGAAAAUAAGAUCACAUGACCCCGACGUGAUUUGAACACGCAACCUUCUGAUCUGGAGUCAGACGCGCUACCGUUGCGCCACGAGGUCUCUCGUUAGAGGAUUGCAAUACACCAUGAAACAUCCGUAGCAUUAGCAAUGUAUGACCUUCGCGCGCUUCUUUUUUGUCGCUACUGUUUUUGGUAACAUAAUCGAUUUUGCAAGAUUUAUAGCUUUGUUACAGGAAGUGCUAUCAACUCCCCGGUAUUUCCAGGGUUUCGCAAAUUGGGCUAUUCUGUCGAGAAUUUCACACUGUGUCACGUGCAUUUCCCAAAACAGUUCCAUGGUAUUUCCCCUUUACGACACUUCAUAGUAAAAGUCCGUGAACUACAAAAAUAAUAAGUAUAACAAAGAUGGUGGACAAUCAUAAUAAAUUGUGGUCAGAUUGUGGUCGGGGAAUUUACUUGACAUACCAAGUAAUCUUAGCAUAAUGAGUAUACGUAAAUAUUAGAGAAGCAGGCAAAACAAUGUUGAGAGUCUAGUCAUUGUGGUUACUUCUGUGGGAAAUGCUUAAAAGUAGCUGUUUGCAUAUCCAUAUUGCAAUUGUUAUUUUAUUUAUAAUCAGUCUGGACAGAAGCCAUAGGCUGAAGUUUGUACAUUAGCCUACUGUAAAUGCUUAGACCUCAGUUACUAAAUGCUCAGCAUGCACAAGAAAUGUCACUAUAAUUCUGGAAAUAAUAUCUCUCUCCGUUGACCAGAACAUCCGGGAAGUCUGUGACACUGUCAAGGUCCUGGGGGUCACCAUCCAGAGUAAUUUGCAUUGGGACAGUCAGGUGGACCACAUGCUGAUCUCAGCAAACAGGAAGCUUUUUGCUCUGCGUCGCCUGAAGAAAUUUAGUGUCCGAGACCCAGAACUGGUUUCCAUCUACACAGGCUACGUAUGCCCGGUGCUGGAGUAUGCAGUCCCUGUCUGGCACAGUUCCCUGACUACAGAUCAGGCUAAAAGGCUGGAAAGCACGCAGAAACGGGCUUGUAUAAUCAUACUUGCCCAGAGGUACUCAGGGUACCCAGAGGCUCUCUGCACUCUCGGAUUGUGCACUCUAUCAGAGAGACACACUCAACUGUGUCUUAGCUUUGCCAGAAAGCUGCUAAAGUCCAACUUCAGUGACUGGCUACCCCCUCUCAGGGAGGAGCUCACGGGUCGUCAGACAAGGAACUCAAACAAACUGGCCAUCCCAAGAUGUUGAACUGAGAGAUACAGGAGAUCACCAAUCCCCUAUAUGUGCAGACUCCUAAAUGACGGCGGAUUUUAAAUUUGGGAUACGAGGUAUUAGAUCUCAGCUUAGAUAAUUGCAACAUUUUAAAUUUUUAGUCUACUUAGUAUUGAUGUUUUAUUGUAACAGCAAAAUAAUUCAGUGUUUUUUGACAACUGUCUUUAUGAAUCUGUAAUAGUGCUGAAAGGUCAAUAAAAUAAAAAAAAUUA